GGUGGCUGUCGGCUGCCUGCUCGGCUCAGAGGAGUUCCUUCACAGAUUUGUUCAAAGAAAAACCGGCCCAGGGGAUGAUAUCAUGAUGAACUCGACUGUCGACAUUUUGAAAGGUCAACAGUGACCGUGGAAAGGAGGGGACGUGUUUUUAAACGACUGAAGAAAAGCGUUUCCAAAGAGACACGUAGGUACAGUGUGCAGUGAGCGACAGCUAGGAGAGCAGUUCAGGGCACGAGCCAAAGGCGCACACACCCACUAGCAGAGAGCAAGACUGCAUUAUUCAACGGAUCCUCUUCUCUACACUCCUCUGGGCCAGUUACUCAACCCCUCCGCACCUCUUGCUGAGCCAUUAUUGCCAUGGAAACCCCAAGCCAGAAACGCACCAGCCGUGGUGCUGCCUCCCCGACCCGCAUCAGCAGGCUGCAGGAGAAGGAAGACCUGUGCAACCUCAAUGACCGGCUGGCUGUCUACAUCGACAAGGUGCGCUCGCUGGAGUCUGAGAACGCCGGACUCCGAAUGCGCAUCACCGAGUCGGAGUCCACGAUCACCCGGGAUGUGUCGGGCAUAAAGGCGGCCUAUGAGGCAGAGCUGGCCGACGCCCGCAAGACCCUGGACCAGGUGGCCAAGGAGCGAGCUCGCAUGCAGCUGGAGCUGAGCAAGAUCAGGGAGGAGCACAAGGAGCUCAAAGCCAGGAACAGUAAGAAGGAGUCUGACCUGGAGGCGGCGCUGGCCAGGCUGAGGGACCUGGAGGCCCUGCUGAACUCUAAAGAUGCUUCCCUCUCCACUGCCUUGGGAGAGAAGCGGUCCCUGGAGGCUGAAGUGAAGGACCUCAAGGCCCAACUGGCCAAGUUGGACGGGAGCUUAGCCGAUGCCAAGAGGCAGCUGCAGGAUGAGAUGCUGAGGAGAGUGGACGCCGAGAACCGCCUGCAGACCGUGAAGGAGGAACUGGAGUUCCAGAAGAACAUCUACAGCGAGGAGCUGCGCGAGUCCAAGCGCCGGCACGAGUUAAGCGUCGUGCAGAUAGACAGCGGGCGGCAGCAGGAGUUUGAGAGCAAGCUGGCCGAGGCCUUGGUCGAGAUGAGAGCCCAACAGGAGGAGCAGGUCCGCCUCUACAGGGAGGAGAUCGAGAAGACCUUCAACUCUAAGCUGGAGAACGCUCGUCAUUCAGCUGACAGGAACAGCCAUUUGGUGGGAGCCGCUCAUGAAGAGCUGCAGCAGACCCGUGUGCGAUUGGAGGGCAUGUCAGGCCAGCUCAGCCUGCUGCAGAAACAGCUGGCAGCGAGCGAGUCCAAGGUGCGGGAGCUGGAGGAGGCCCUGUCGAGGGAGCGGGACAUGAGUCGUCGGCGGCUGGAGGAUAAAGAGCGGGAGAUGGCCGAUAUCCGAGCUCGGCUGAUGCUGCAGCUGGAGGAGUACCAGGAGCUGCUGGACAUCAAACUGGCCCUGGACAUGGAGAUUAACGCUUACAGGAAGCUGCUGGAGGGAGAGGAGGAGAGGCUGCGUCUGUCACCUGGCGGCACCACAAAGGUCACAGUGGCACGGACCUCCGGCUCAGCCCACAGCCACACCAGCCGCGUGCUCUCCGGCUCAGGCCACAGCCACAGCACCCGCGUGGUCCACUCCUCCGGCACUGGCACCCCCGCUGCAGCCGCCACGGCGGCGGUCACUGCCUCCAGCAGCCGCAACUCCUCCGGAACAGCCAGCGCCAAGAAGCGCCGCCUCAAUGACAAUGACAGCGAGAGCUCCAGCAUGGUGGGGGGCACUGUGACCAAGACUCGCAUCAGUCAGAACGCCUCAGCCAGCGGCCGCGUCACAGUGGAUGAGGUUGACCUGGAGGGCAAGUUCGUUCGUCUCAGCAACAAGGCUGACGAGGACCAAUCUCUGGGCAACUGGCAGGUGAAGAGACAAGUAGGUAAUGCCAACGCCAUCAUCUACAAGUUUCCCAACAAGUUCACUCUGAAGGCCGGAGAAACUGUCACUAUCUGGGCUGCAUCUGGCGGUGGAACCCAUAACCCCCCCUCUCACCUGGUGUGGAAGAACCAGAGCUCCUGGGGCACCGGCGACCUCCUGCAGACCACCCUCAUUAGUGCCAACGGAGAGGAAAUGGCCAUGAGGAAAGUGACACGCACCCUGUUCCAUGAAGAUGAAGAUGAUGACAUGGGAGCCCACAGCACGAGCGGUGCAGACAACGAGUACAACCUGCGGAGCCGCACAGUGAUCUGUGACUCCUGUGGGCAGACGCAGGACCGCUCAGGUGUUUGCAGCAGCGGGGGUCUGCCUGAAGGCCUCGUGGGACAUUCCUUUUUCAUGGGGACCAACGAGCCCAGACAGGGUCGGGCUAAGCCGGAGAACUGCUCCAUCAUGUAAAAACCAGACGGCACCUCACCUGAACCCACCACCUCCUGCAACCCACAAAGGAAACAUAAUUUUCUACUGUUGGGUUGUUUGUCUUUUUUUUUUUAUAUGGUCUUAUUUUGUAUUCAGAUUAAUCUGCAGGUUAUAAUUGCUUCGAGGUUUUUGGGCAAAGGGCACAGGAUUUUCAUAUUCAGCUUUUGAGUUUGUAUAUUCAAGUUAUGUUAUUGCAUGUGUGCUGUGCUAAUGCUCGUCCUGCUUUUCUUGCACAUUCUCUCCACCCACACACACACACACACACACACACACACACACACACACACACACACACACAGCUCUAUUGACCAGUGCUUGUGCUUUGAUCCGAGUUUCCGGGGUUUCACAUUUAAUGGCCAUGCUGUCAUCACUCAACACGCACAGCUAGUGAACCCUGUCAGGAAUAAGUCUCCAUACAGACAACAGGAAGAUGAAUCCUGUGGGGUUUGUUUAUCAUGUUUAUCGCCCAUCAAAUUGAUCCAAUCUUUACUUAAGGUGAUGUUUACAUUUGAAAUGUGGACAGUAUUGUGCUAUCUUUAUAUGCUCUAGAGAAAAUACAUUUAAUUUAGUUUUUGUUUUGAUAAACUAUGUUGGAAAGGUCUCCAAAGAAAGCAUAAGUACUGGAAGCUCAGGGUGUUCAGCAGUUGUUGUUUUUUUUUUACCUUUAGCCUUAGACAAACUUGUCGUAUUACAUUUUCUAUGUGGAUUUACAGUGGAUCGUACAGUUUGGCUGCUAUGGUGCACACAGAGAAAAUAAUUAUUCAAAAUAAAUAUUUUUUCUGCAAUUCACAGCUGGACCCCAGAGAGAUGUAUUUGGUUAGGCUUUUGAACGUGUGGGGAAAUAAGGAAUUCAGUUAUAAUUAUUGUUUGCUGGAUAAGUUGAAUGUACCCAGUUAAAUGUGCAUCUCAGUUUGAUGUACAUUUAAAUAUGUCGUCCUAUUAGGUAACUCCAAAGAUGUUUUGUCAAAAUUUAGGAUUAGUUUUUUACCUGGGGGAAAUACCAGGUUUUGAGUCUUUACUGGUGCCAUAUAUACAAUAUAUAUUUGUAGGAUGUUUCAGCUUAUUAAACCAAAUGAACAUUAUUAUAAUAGAAAGAUGUUGCUGCUAUUUACAGAAUGCAACAGUAGUUUUUGGAAACAUUUUAGCAAGCUUUUUUUAUUUUUUUAUUAUUUUUUUUUUACAGAUUAAAUAAAACGAAAGUGCCUUUAGGACCGAAAAAGCAAUCACUGUACUUUGGGCACAUGCCUGGUAUAACAGUCUUGUGACUGUCAGCUGUCUGAUUUGUAUUGCUCCUAAAAACUGGUCAUAAGGGCUUUUUUUCCCCUUUCCUCUUAAAAAUUAUUGGCUUUGCAAAUCCCCAAGCAUGAUUUUGGGAUCUAAGUAAGAUUGUGUGGUUUCUAUACUUUUUGAUUUUGGCUUCAUGCACUGCUUUUAUUGAGGGCCUCGCUAAAUAUGCACAGCAGGUAGACUUGUACUGUAGUCUGGCAGCUUAAGUCAUUUAUACUCCAGCGAAAAAGUAUAUCAAAGAAUUUAUGGAAAAUACUUGAUAGCUGUUUUGGACUUUUUUUUUGUGCCACAUUGAUUUUGUUUUUUGGCUUAAGUAGAUCUGACUAGUAGUCUGAUUUUUACACUAUGAUCCCCAAAGUGCCUUAAAAAGUCCAUGACAAUCUUUAGUUAAAGAAAUGGCCAUCUCCAAAGAUGAGUGGUGUUUAAUUAACAGACGUAGUAUUUAUCUCAUAUGUGCAUGUAAAUAUGAGACAUGAGUACUGUAUGUACUUGUGAAAUAUAUGCAACUAUUAACUGAAUCAUCCCACUCAGAACAGAUCAUUUAAAGGGUGUGGUCAGGGUUUUUCAGAGGCCUGUUUGACGGAGUUUAAGCCAGAAAGAAACCUCUUCCUGUACAGCGCUUCUUGUUUAAGUGUUUUCCUAAGAAACGGACAGCUGCUCUUUAACAUUUAUAUGUAAUGCUAGUUUAAGGUAAAGAACCAAGACACUACCAAAAUGAGAUUUAAACCACAGAUGUGCUUUAUGUGAAAAGUCUAGAAAGGCCUUUGUGAAAUCCUGAACCCUCCCUGUUCAAGUCUUGAUUGAGGCCUCAUGAAUCCUUAUGAAGGACUUGAGGAUUUAAAAUGUUACUGAAAGGGAAUUGUUGUUGUGAGCCUUUAAUGCCAAAGUUGUAAUUAGCUUGAAGUAGGAUUUGUCUAUCAUAAUGUUAUCAUUAUAGAAAAGCCAUUCAGUCGAUGUAAUGAAUGUUUUUUUUUUUUUUUUUUUUUGCUUUUCUAAAAUAACGCUGAGUAAAAAAAUGUUUUCACAGUGA